GCACAACACAGGCCCAAACCCACGGAGCUCGUUGCGUUCCAAGCAUGGACCAACACGACGAUCGCCGCGUCGUGAGCAUCCAACUCGGAUGCACCGGUGACCCUAGCGGAGCAGAUCGGCCCUCCGCCGUCGUUGCCAGGUCAUCCGACGGCUGCGGCGAUCCUUCAGUCGUCGUCCCCGCCUCAUCGCCGGCCGCCGUCUCAGAGGAGCGCUGGUACCACGGGGACGCGGCGCCCUACACCCACGACGAGGAGCGGAGAGCAGGGCCGCGUUACCUCCUAUGGAUCUGGUUCGUGCUUCUCUACGGCGCAGGUAUUGGCUUCGGAUGGUUCUUCGGCUAUAUUAUCGCUAUGGGGAUGAAGGGCACAGCGAUGAAAGUGCUUGGAUACGCGCUCGGCAUGUGUGUCACGCUGCCGGUGGUUAGCCUCCUCUGGUGCCCUUCCGCCUGCGACCGUGAUGGUUGAACUUUGACGCUGGUCUGGAGUCAUGCAUCCAGGACGUGCUAGCUCGUUGCAAGGGAUGUACUAUCCACUUUCGCAUACAGGGGGAAUAUAUCCACUUUCUUAUUCGUUUCCCUUUGUAUUAUCAUGUUAGUUUGUGUAGCAUUUAAGCCAUGCCUCUAACUGUUAGGCUUUAUUUGUCAACUCCAAAAUGCGAUAGCAGAUGCAGAUGAACUGAGUUGGCUAUUCUUGAA